UCCUUUAAAAAACAGGCGCGUUAGUUCUCCUUCAUCAGUUCGACUUCGACUGCGAUCUACGAACAAUGUAUCUGAAGAGUUGCUGCGCGUUGAUCUUGCUGGCGCUUGUCGCCUGUCAAGCCGCACCUUCGAUCGAGAAAAAUUCGAUUAGCGAGGCAGAGACGUUCGCCAAUACCGACCUAAACCUGGAGGACACUGGUGAAGAAAAGGACAGAGCAAAGAAAUCCUCAACGACCUUCUGCGUGGAAGUUCACGGAUCGGGAAAAGCAGAACGGGUUCCCUGCAAACAGGGGAUAAGGCCUCAAGGAAUUGUUCAACAAGAGAUAUCCAAACCAGUGUUUAUGGUGCCUUAUGGUGCCUUUCCGUUACCAGCACCAGCGCUAGCACCAGCACCAGCACCAGCACCGGCACCAGCACCAGUACCUGCACCAGUAUCUGUACCAGCACCAGUGCCAGCACGAGCACCAGCAUCAAUACCAUUUGUUGAGCCGGUUGUGAUCCAGCCGCAGACACAACUUCCCCAAGGCAUCAAUGUAAUCCAGCAACAUCAAUUAUCGGAUAAUCAACCUCAGCCAUCUCCUCAAUCUGUAGCACCAGUGCCAGCUUCUGCUCCAGUACAAGCGUCUGCACCAGCAUCGGUUCCGGUUAUUAAUAUCGUACCAUCAGCUCCUGCUCCAGCACCUUGUAACAGACCAUCCUUUGUGCACGUGCCACCGCCACCACCGCAAGUUCACACGGUCCUCAUUCCGCCAUAUCAAUCAAUACCGCUUGUAAUCAGCAAUCAGGAAGUUGAACCGCACAAGGAAGAAACAAAAUUGCCAAAAGUGCCACUUUCCAGACCACAGGUCCCCCAUUUCAAUCUGCCAGUUUAUCAGUUUAAUACAGUGCCUAUUAAGCCUCAAUGCACAAAAUGCGAAAACAAACCAUCACCAUAUGCACCGACGUGGCCACCCCAUGUAGAACGGAUCGUUGUUCAACCUCAAUCUUUUAUCGAUAUGACACAGUAUGAAAAAGGCAGCUGUAAAACUGAAGAAGAAGUAUACACCGAAUGCAAUUGCCGAGAGAAGCAAGUUGAACCAUUCUAUAUUGAUCCCCGAUUCAAUAUUCAGGAUCCUCGCAUAACAUAUCCCAGUGGCGAAAUCGAUGUUAUACCUUAUAAGACCGCGAGGUUCUCCGGAGAAAAUAAUCCUAGCAUCAUGUCGAAUCAACCCAUGUUCUUUGCUUCAGAAGAAGCUAGAGAAGCAGAAGGAAGGCAUCAUAAAAAACCUGUUGUAAACUUCAAUGUGCAAUUCCCUGUCGUAUCUGACAAUACCCAAAAAUAUUAUCAACCUCAGUAUACAUAUGCUAAUCCAACAUAUACUAAUCCAACAUAUGUUAAUCCAACAUAUGCUAAUCCAAUAACUUACACUUAUCCAAGUGUUAACAGUUACGGAGCUUAUGGAAACUACGGAACCUCUUAUCCGAUUAGCCAGGACUAUCAAACUUCAACAAGUAAUGUACCGUCAGUCACUGUAAAUGCGGGAGGACCAUUUUAUGGCCGUGAAUCUCAUCACAUUGACUCAUUGACUCAAUCGAAUCGAGAAGAAGCACUUUCGACUGCUACCGAAAUGAUUAAUGGCUCCAACAAUUUAAAACGAGAGACUGACGUCAUUCAGAAGAACGAGCAGAAAGAAAUUACGCAGAAUGAGAAGGAAAACUACGAGCAUCAAGAAGGCAAUUUCGUAAACUAACGUAAUUAAAAAUAUGUAACAAAAUACAGAAGCAAAAGUUAUCGAAUUUUCGAAGUCGUAAACACGCCUAAAUAAUUUGAUAAUUGAUUUAACAGAUUUAAUCUCAAGAUGAUUUUUAUUAUUUUUUUAACUUAAGU